AUGUCGCUCUUUGUGCUUGCCGAAACGCCGGCAGGCUACGGCCUGUUCAAGGCUACCGACAAGAAGAUGCUCAAGAACGAGGACCUCGCCGCUGAGCUUGGACGACCCGAGAAGGUCGUCGAGAUGCUCAAGCUCAAGAAGUUUGUCAAGUUCGACAGCGCCGCUACUGCUCUCGAGGAAGCUGCCUCCCUCAAGGAGGGUAAGGUCCCUGAGCUUCUUACCCAACUCCUCGACGACCUCAAGUCCGAGAAGAAGGCUUCGCUCGCCGUCGCCGACAUGAAGCUUGGCACUGCCAUCUCUAACCUCUCACUCAACAUCACUCCUAUCUCUGGCUCCAACACCAUGGACCUCUUCCGUGGUAUUCGAGGUGGAAUGGCCAACCUUUUCCCUGGUCUUGUUGAGGAGAACUUUGACCGUAUGGCUCUGGGUCUCUCUCACUCCAUGUCGCGUCACAAACUCAAGUUCUCUGCCGACAAGGUCGACUCUAUGAUCAUUCAGGCUGUCAAGCUCCUCGACGAUCUUGACAAGGAGCUUAACGUUUACGCUAUGCGAACCAAGGAGUGGUACGGAUGGCACUUCCCCGAAAUGGCCAAGAUUCUCAACGACAACUUGGCUUACGCUCGCGUCAUUCUGGCUGUUGGCAUGCGAACCAACAUCGCCGACUCCGAUCUCUCUGAGGUCCUCCCCGAGGAGAUCGAGGUUCAAAUCAAGGCUGCCGCCGAGAUCAGCAUGGGUACUGAGAUCACCGAUGAGGAUCUUGAGAACAUCAAGCUUCUCGCUGACCAGGUCAUUGUCUACUCUAACUACCGGACCCAGCUUUCCUCUUACCUCGAGAGCCGUAUGCGCGCCAUCGCUCCUAACCUGACUGCUCUUGUCGGAACCCUGGUCGGUGCUCGUCUCAUCGCCCAUGCUGGAUCCCUCAUCAGCUUGGCCAAGUCCCCUGGUUCCACCAUCCAGAUUCUCGGUGCCGAGAAGGCCCUCUUCCGUGCCCUCAAGACCAAGCACGACACACCCAAGUACGGUCUCAUCUACCACUCUUCACUCAUUGGACAGGCCACUGGCCGCAACAAGGGUAAGAUCGCCCGUAUGCUCGCUGCCAAGGCUGCUCUAGGUCUCCGUGUCGACGCCCUGGGCGAUUUUGAGGACGAUGUGGAUGAGGAGGAGCGCGCUAUUCUUGGCCUCAGCAACCGCAUCAAGCUCGAGAACCAGCUCCGCAAGCUCGAGGGCAAGCCUCUUCUGCCCAAGGGUGCCAACGUCACCCCCGCUGGUGAGAUUGUUGGCGCUGGCCAGUUCACCGUCAAGGAGACCCGCCGAUACAACGGUGAUGCCGAUGGCGUUGCCGACGACGAGGAGACCAACGGAACCACCCCCGCCAAGAAGCUCAAGAAGGCCAAGAAGCUCAUCGAGGAGGUUGACGAGGAGAUGAAGGAUGCCGAGGAAGACGAGAGCGACGAUGAUGCCGCUACUCCCGCUAAGCCCAAGAAGCUCUCCGAGGCCGACUACGAGCGCCUCGCCGAGGAGGCUGGCAUUUCUGUCAAGAAGUUCAAGCGCAAGUACGAGCGAGGCGAUGUUGAGAUGAACGCCGAUGGUACACCCAAGGUUGUCAGCAAGAAGGAACUCAAGAAGUUGCGCAAGGCCGAGGAGAAGUCUACACCUUCCAAGGCGCAACCCGCUGAGGAGACUGAUGGCAAGAAGAAGCGCAAGCACGACGACUCAGAAGACGAGGCCGAGCCCAAGAAGGAGAAGAAGCAGAAGAAGAAGAAGCGUCACUCUGAGGCUUAA